AGAACAGACAACAAACACUCCUGUUUUAGCAUUCAAAGCUUAAGGACUAAAACGAACUUGAAAUUCAUAAUAUUAAAAUAAAUUAUAAAAAAAUCUAUAAAAUAUAUUUAAGUGUUUUUUUGAAAUAUUUUUAAAAUAAAAUGAAUAAAUUUAUUGUAUUUGUAACAAUAGUGGCUGGCGUUGCUUUGUGUAAUGCUGCACCAGCUCCACAAAACGAUGGCAAGUAUCGUCCGCAUAAUGAUGGCAAAUAUCAUCCGCAAGCUCAUAAAGAAGGCCAACAACAGGGCUAUACAGAUGCUGCUGGUGUCUAUCAUCAUAUGCCUCAACCUUAUAUGCAUGUUCACGACAAUCGUGAAUUGGGUAAAUAUGUUCAUAUACCCAAUCCUUAUGAUGGUGGCUAUGGACCUUAUGCGGGCUCCAAUUUGCCCUAUGUGCACGAUGCCAAACCUUAUGUACAUGAUGUCAAACCUUAUGAUCACAGUUUGUACACAACCACCACAACAAAAAAACCAACCACAACUACAAAACGUACCACUACUACCACAACAACAACCACUACAACACCUCGCAGCAUAAUCUUCAAUUACGAUGAUGAGGGACGCCACAAGAUUUUACAUCAAGAAGAUGCUCGCAAACACGAUAAAUAUGAUCAUGCUUACUUAACCGAGAAUGGUAUCUAUGGUGAAGAACAGGCUAAAUUACAUCAUACCGGUGGUACCCAUGCCCAGGGCUAUUACGAAUACACUGGUGAUGAUGGUAAACUCUAUCGUGUCAACUACAAGAGUACCCACGAAGGUUUUGUACCCGAAGGUGAUCACAUUCCUACACCCCCACCAAUUCCGGCUGCUAUUGCUCGUGCUCUUAAGUAUGUCGAUGACAAGCGCAAGGAAAAUGGUGAGAAACCUUUGUUCGAUGAACGUGGUUUCCGCAUUGAUCACAUGAGCAAGGAUAUGGUAAAAUCUAUCAAAUCAAUUCAUAUCGAAAAUAUGCCCCAAGAUAUUGCCGAACAAAUUCAUGAAUUACAAUUGGAAAUGGAAGCCAUUUAUGGACCAAAUGAAGAACGUGCUGAAGAAGUAGUACAAGAAAAUUAUAAUGAAGGAGCUAACUAUGAUGAAAACAAUUAUGAAGCAACAGCCGAAGAAAAUUAUAAAUAAUUUUUUUAACAUUAACUUCAUUACUUAAUCAUUAAUUGUUUAGUUAGUUUUUAUUUUUGAAAAAAGAAAUCGUUUAUAUCAUUAUAAAUCAUUUGACAACAUUUCAAUUUCCUAUUCCCUUAUAACCCAUUGCUACAUUUAACUAGUAAUUUUAAAUCCUUACACCUAAUCCCGUUCCCAUCCAAUUCAUUCAUUACAUUUCAUUAAUAAUUCGCCAUUUUUUUAACAAAAGCUUAAUAAUGCUAAAAAAGAAAAAAACAAAAAAAAAUAAUUUAAUGUUGAAAUUAUGUUGACAUAUUUUUAGUUAUUAGUUAUUUAUCUUGAAGAAAAACAACAACAAACAACACAUACACUCAAACAUUUUGUUAGGUUUUAAUUUAUUUAAAUAAUAUUAAUUUAAAAACUCAAACAAAUAAACAACAAUCAUUUUAUUAAU